UUUAAGGAACAGUGCACUAAUUGUUGGAUUUGGGUGACUAAUGAUUCAGUAGUCUACUAGUAUAAGCUCUAAGUCUACAGUGAUGACUGUUAUAAAAAAAAGGGGUAAAAUACAAUAAACUAUCUAGAGGUUUUGGGUAUACCAAAUACAUCCAAGACUUUCAGAAGAUGACUAAUUUAAUCCUUAACACAAACGGUGUUAGUAGCUGCCGUCACUCAAAUCUGACCCCUUUCUCUGCUCUUUUCUUUUUUCAUAAUCUCAGUAACUCACCUGGCUGUCUCUUUCUCUCUCAAUUUUUCUUUUACUUUGCUUGUCCGAAUCUAACUCUCUCUUUCGCCUCUCUCUUCUCUUUUCUUUUUCCUAAUCUCACCUGACUCUUUCUUUCACUCUUAAUCUUCUUUACCUUUGCCUACCGAAUCUUGUUGAUUAUGGAUCCUCUUUCUCUCUCAUCUCUCUAUUUCGGUGAUGGAGAUCUUGUGGUGGUGGGUCAACGCUCAAUGGUUUUCUAUGGGUUAAUGGUGAUUGGAUUUACUGGAUUUGGGUUUGGCCAUUGUGGGUAUUAGGAAUUUGAUAUUUGCUUGGGGGUUGAUGGCAACUUUGUGGAGUUAGGACUUGGCUUGUGUAAUUGGUUUUUACUAGGUCUCUUUGUAGAGGAGCAAAAGGGUUUGGUUUUUAAGGAGCUUUUCCUUUUGGUUUCUUGGCUGCCAAACACUACUGGGUCUCAAUUUUUGAACUCUCUUGUGCAUGUUGCGAUUUUCGGUUUUGGUUAUUUUAUUUAAUUUGUGAGUGUAUUGAUUUUUUCAAUUAGACUAUCACUUGGAAAAAAUUAGUAUUGAGGAAUUAUUUUGUUUAUUAUGGUUUGUGUUGGUUAUGGCAUAAAUCAAAUAUAACCCAAAUAAGAAUGAUUAAACUCAUUUCAUAUAUCAUAUUAAGAAAUUAACAUAAAGUACAAAGAAAAUUUUAAAAUAUAAAAAUAGAUAAACACCAAUAAAGACUAAACUCUAAACCAUCAUAAAUUGAAGUAAUUUUUUUUAUUAAAAUUAUUUAUUUAUUUUAUAAUUUAUUAUUACUAUUUAUUUAAUAAUUUAGUUUUAAUUAUUUUAGAAUUUUUACAUAUGAAUCCACGGUUUUUAAAACUAGACUGGACCAUUCGGUUUGACCGUGAACCGAUACUAAUACUGGUUAGAAUAUGUAUAGAAAUCGAAAAUUCAUAAAAACCACUUAAAUCCGGAGAAUUGGCGGUUGAAACGUCGGAACCAGCUUGACAUUAGCUCGAUCUAUCGAGCUUUACGAAUUCAGAAAUUCCAGAUCUGAAUUUCGGCCCAUGCUGAUGUAUUUGUUUAGGGUUUCUUCUCUUACAAUCCUAGACAUAUAUAAGGCUUAUUUUAAGAGCCGUCACACACGGAUACAAUGACUAAGAGCUUAAUUUUCUCUGUGAGAAGCUGCUGCGUUUGUACGCUAUAGGGUUUUGUAACCAAGUUCUUCUUGAUCUUCAUUGUUGAUAAAGUAAAGAACUUUGCAACUAACAACAAUCAUUCAAGUUGCUGGAGUUAGUCACGUACUAGGAUCCAUGCAAAAGAUUAGUCACGGAUUGGAGAUUUGUGCAUCAAAAGAAAGAAUGCUACUACAAGAUCAAGUCCAAUUAGGUGCUGUUUUGUUCUAAAUAUUCCAAGUAAGGUAGCCCACAAUUGGACCAGCAUAUUGGAGUUGGUAAAAUGGAGGUAAGGACAGGCUCGAAUGGAAAUACAAAUGAGGACGCUGCAAUAAAAAACAAUGAAGAAGCAGAGAAAAGCCCUUCCAUGAUUAAUGAUCAAGAUAAUAUAGGAGAGAAGAAUACCAACACUGUUUCAUUUCUCAAGCUGUUCUCAUUUGCGGAUUCCACUGAUGUUCUUUUGAUGAUCAUUGGCACAAUAGGUGCCAUUGGGAAUGGGCUAGGUACGCCUAUGUUGACAAUACUCUUUGGGGAAAUGAUUAAUGCUGCGGGAAAUAAUCAGAAUGACAAAGACAUGGUUCGUGAAGUUUCCAAGGUUUGUGUAAAAAUUCUCUACGUGGCAGCAGGGAUAGGUGUUGCAGGAUUCCUCCAGGUGGCUUGCUGGAUGGUCACAGGGGAGCGCCAGGCUGCACGAAUAAGGGGUUUGUAUUUGAAGACAAUUUUGAGACAAGAUGUUGCUUUCUUUGAUAUGGAAACAAACACUGGAGAGGUUGUUGGGAGAAUGUCAGGUGAUACUGUUCUCAUACAAGAUGCCAUGGGUGAGAAGGUUGGAAGAUUUCUGCAACUGGUAUCAACAUUCAUUGGGGGAUUUUCUGUAGCAAUUUUCAAAGGGUGGCUCCUUACCCUUGUCUUGUUAUCCUCAAUUCCUCUUCUUGUGGCAUCUGGUGGUCUUAUGUCCAUCAUCAUAUCCAAGACAGCAUCCCGUGGACAAAGUGCUUAUGCAAAUGCAGCAAAUGUAGUUGAACAAACAAUUGGCUCAAUAAGAAUGGUUGCAUCAUUUACUGGGGAGAAGCAAGCUAUAAAUAAUUACAAAAAGUACGUUAUAACUGCUUACAAAUCUGGUGUUUACGAAGGUUUGGUAUCAGGGUUAAGUUUCGCCAUUGUUACGUCAGUGAUGUACACCAGCUAUGGUUUGGCUAUAUGGUAUGGAUCAAAAUUGAUACUGAGCAAAAAGUACAAUGGGGGUGAUGUGCUGAACGUGGUCAUGGCUAUAAUAAUUGGAUCCAUGUCCCUAGGCGAGGCAUCUCCCUGCAUGAGUGCCUUUUUUGCUGGUAAAGCUGCGGCUUAUAAGAUGUUUGAGACUAUCAAGAGGAGGCCAGAGAUAGAUUCUUAUAACUCAAAGGGAAAAAUUUUGGAUGAUAUUCGUGGAGAUAUAGAGUUUAAAGACGUUUAUUUCAGUUAUCCAACUAGAUCAGAUGAGCCAAUAUUACGUGGAUUCUCUCUUUAUAUUCCUAGUGGCACAACUACAGCUUUGGUUGGACAAAGUGGAAGUGGAAAAUCAACCGUGAUUAGUCUAAUUGAGAGAUUCUAUGACCCACAUGCUGGUGAGGUUCUCAUAGAUGGCAUUAACUUGAAAGACUUCCAGCUUAAAUGGAUUAGGGAGAAAAUUGGUCUUGUUAGCCAAGAACCUGUCUUGUUUUCAUCCAGCAUAAAGGAUAAUAUUGCAUAUGGAAAAGAUGAAGCAACGUAUGACGAGAUCAGAAUUGCAUCUGAACUCGCAAAUGCUUUUAAAUUUAUUGAUAAAUUGCCUCAGGGACUAGAUACCCUGGUUGGUGAGCACGGAACACAACUGUCUGGUGGUCAGAAGCAAAGAGUUGCCAUUGCAAGAGCAAUUCUGAAAGACCCAAGAAUCUUACUCCUCGAUGAAGCUACAAGUGCACUUGAUGCAAAGUCUGAGAGGGUAGUGCAGGAGGCAUUGGACAGGAUUAUGGUCAACCGGACAACCAUCAUUGUUGCCCACCGUUUGAUCACGGUGAGGAAUGCUGAUACAAUUGAAGUCAUUCAUAUGGGAAAGACGGUAGAGAAAGGAUCACACUCAGAACUAAUUAAGGAUCCUAAUGGAGCAUACUCUCAGCUUAUACGCUUGCAAGAAGUAGACAAGGAGUCAGAACAACAUGCAGAUGAUCAAAACAGAUCAGAAACUUCUGCUGAAUCUUUUAGACAGUCAAGUCUUAGACAUAGUCAGAGAAUGUCAUUAGUACAAAGCUUUAGUCGUGCAUCAUCAGUCGUGCCAACAGAAGUUACCCUCCCUAAUGAACGACUGGCAGAAACAGAAGAAAACUAUCCCAAGGUCCCAAUCAGCCGCAUUGCCUACCUCAACAAGUCAGAGAUUCCUGUACUUCUUCUUGGGACUAUAGCUGCAAUUAUCAACGGCGUAAUACUCCCUAUAUUUAGUAUACUGCUUACUAGGGUAAUCAAAUCAUUUUAUGAACCACCUCCUAAAUUGAAAAAGGAUUCAAACUUUUGGUCACUAAUGUUUGUGGCCCUUGGUAUGGUAUCAUUUCUGGCAAUUUCAGCAAGAGAAUACCUCUUUGCUGUAGCUGGGUGUAAGUUAAUAGCACGAAUUCGAUUGAUGUGUUUUGAGAAGCUGAUUCACAUGGAGAUUGGUUGGUUUGAUGCGCCUGUGCACUCAAGUGGCUCAGUUGGUGCAAGGCUCUCAGAAAAUGCAGCAACAAUGCGUGCCCUUGUUGGAGAUACUCUUCGUCUGACGGUUCAUGUUAUUACUUCAGCAGCUGCAGGUUUGGUCAUUUCAUUUCUUGCAAGUUGGCAGUUGACAUUUAUUAUCCUUGCAUUGACUCCUCUCAUCGGAGUCAAUGGAUACGUUCAAGUAAAGUUCUUGAAAGGAUUCAAUGCAGGUGCAAAGUUGAAGUAUGAGGAAGCAAGCCAAGUUGCUAAUGAUGCAGUCGGAAGUAUCAGAACAGUUGCUUCUUUCUGUGCUGAAGACAAGGUGAUGAAGCUGUACAGAAGCAAAUGUGAAGGCCCAACGAAGGCAGGGAUAAGGCAAGGCUUGAUCACUGGAAUUGGAUUUGGGACUUCUUUUGGCUUGUUGUAUGUUGUCUAUGCUACAACUUUCUAUAUAGGUGCUCGUCUCGUUCAGGCUAGGAAAGCAACAUUCUUAGAUGUUUUUCAAGUUUUCUUUGCUUUGACCAUAACAUCUAUAGGAAUUUUUCUUUCAAACAACAUAGGUCCUGAUACUGGCAAAGCCAAGAACGCUUCUGGUUCCAUAUUUGCAAUAGUGGACCGACAGUCGAAGAUAGACCCAAGUAAUGAGUUUGGGAUGACAUUGGAGAAUCUGAAGGGAGAAAUUGAGCUUCAUCAUGUAAGCUUCAAAUAUCCAUGUAGGCCAGAUAUUCAAAUUUUCCGAGAUCUUAGCUUGACAAUUCAUUCUGGGAAGACAAUUGCUCUGGUUGGAGAAAGUGGGAGUGGGAAAUCCACUGUGAUUGCAUUAUUGCAAAGGUUUUAUGAUCCUGAUUCCGGUCAUAUUACGCUAGAUGGAAUUGAAAUUAAGGAAUUUCAAGUGAAAUGGUUGAGGCAGCAGAUGGGUCUUGUGAUUCAAGAACCAAUUUUAUUUAAUGAAACUAUUCGUGCCAAUAUUGCAUAUGGAAAGGGAGGAAAUGCAACUGAGUCAGAAAUCAUAGCUGCAGCGGAGUUAGCCAAUGCUCAUAGGUUCAUUAGUGGCUUACAACAGGGUUAUGAUACAAUAGUAGGAGAACGCGGAGUUCAAUUAUCUGGCGGACAGAAGCAACGGGUAGCCAUUGCACGUGCCAUGAUUAAAAGUCCAAAGAUAUUAUUAUUAGAUGAAGCCACUAGUGCACUAGAUGCUGAGUCUGAGAGGGUGGUCCAAGAUGCAUUGGAUCGUGUCAUGGUUAACCGAACUACAGUUGUUGUGGCACAUCGAUUAUCCACAAUCAGAAAUGCAGAUGUAAUCGCAGUGGUUAAAAAUGGAGUUAUUGCAGAGAAAGGAAAGCACGACAAUUUGAUUAGAAUCAAGGAUGGCUUUUACACCUCCUUGGUUGCGCUGCACACAAGUGCUUCAACUGCUUGAUCUUCAAGUUUUUUUUUUUAACUACUCUCUUAAAUAGAUGAAAUACAUAAAUGUAUGUUAUUUUCUCUUCUUUUAAAUUCAUAGUUUGAAUUAUUUAUGCUUUUCUUCAUAAAUAAUUUAUCCAUAUUUGUAAUAUCAAAUGUUAGAAAUUUGAAGUAUAAUGUAUUUAUUGUGGAUGAAUAAGAAAGAGUAGAGGAUGAAAAAUUGCCUUAUGAUA